UGUUGGUACUUGUUACAAUAUCUCCAUGUUCGGUGUUUAGUGAUAUUAGUUAUUUAUAAUUUUUUGUAUAUACACAUUUAACGCAACUGUCUGAUCGAAACUGGCAGCUUCUUUAUGGACGCCAUAACCGUUUUUGGUGUUAUUUACUGGCUGAUCUGCAUGCUACUAUUUGGACCCAUUAUGUUCUUUGUCUCCGUUUAUCUGCCGGAACUGCCAGUGCGUUAUAUAAAAAGUUUAAGGCAGCAAACAUAAAUUUUAUACACAACACAACAAAAUAUAUUACUUACUUAAUUGUUUAUAUAGUACAUAGCUUAUACAUAUAUACAAAUGAUAUUGAUGUACGCAUAUAGAGCAGACAACAUGCAACUUUUUACAAUUAAAAACUCAACUGUAUACAAUA